AUGAGCGGUGAUGAGAAAAUCGAGAUUCCAGAGCCCGUUGAAGAUGGAAAUCAGAACCAGAAGACUCAACUGUCGGCAUGGAAAGCCUACUGGCGUCUCUUGACCUAUGCCAGCUUGGUUGACAUUUUCUUACGCAUAUGCGGUGCGGCCGCCGCAGUAGCAGCAGGUUCAGCAUUGCCUUUGAUGACAAUCAUUCUUGGAGACUUCGUCCAAGAUUUCAACAACUGGGGUACAGGGGUGGUCCGGCCCGCUGAAUUUCGGCACAAGGUCAAUCAAAAUACUCUCUGGCUAUUGUAUCUUUUUGUGGGAAAGUUUGUGAUGGCUUACUGUGGCACUGUCAUGCACUCUAUCUCUGCUUCUCGCAUCACACGCAGGAUUCGUCUCCGCUACCUUCAAGUCAUCUUGCACCAGCCCAUUUCUUACUUUGAUCACCACACAGCUGGUUCCAUAGCCUCAAGUCUGUCGACAGACACCAACUUGAUCGAGGUCGGGCUUGCUGAGAAGGUUGCCAUCGCUUUUCAAUCGAUAUCCAUGCUGGUCACGGCUUUUGUCAUUGCAUUCGUCAAAUCUUGGAGGCUGACACUUGUGACUGCCAGCAUCGUUCCUUACAUGAUCCUGACAACUGGACUUCUUGCCCUUGUCGAUGCAAAAUUCGAGACGAAAAUGCGAACAAUCUACCUGAAAGCAUCGGGUAUGGUUGAAGAAUGGCUCAGCAGUGUUCUCACCGUCACUGCCCUUGGCGCGGCAGAUAAGAUCACAAUGCAAUACAAGCAAGUCAUCGAGAAGACCAAGGCCUUCGGCAUCAAGAGAGGACCAGUCGAGGCAUCAAUCUACGGAAAUAUGUGGUUUGCGGUACUUAGCGGCUACGCCCUCGCAUUGUACUAUGGGGUAAGACUGCUCGACCGGAAGGAGAUCGACAAUGGCGGAACUCUUGUUACUGUACUCAUGUCCAUUGUCAUCGGCACUUCGUCGAUGGGACUAGUUGCCCCCUCUCUGCCCAAUUUCAUCAAGGCUGCAGCGGCGGCACAGCAAGUUCUAAAGAUAUUGGACAAAUCUUCCCCCCGAGACAAGACGCCAGACCAGUCUCACAAGAUUAUACCGGCGACAAUCGCUGGGCAACUGAGUCUGAGAAACGUAUCGUUUGCCUACCCUACAAGACGAACAAUUAGCGUUCUGAACGACUUAAGCAUUGAAAUACCUGCCAAUCAGUUCACUGCCAUUGUCGGUCACAGUGGAUGUGGCAAAAGCACCGUCGUGGGACUCUUGGAGCGGUGGUACGAUCCUGACAAUGGGUCGAUUUAUCUAGACGGCACAAAUACACGAGACUUGGACCUGGAUUGGUUGAGAGGUCAGAUGGGGCUGGUGCAACAGGAGCCAAUGCUCUUCAAUGAUACCAUAUACGAAAAUGUCUUGAACGGACUACCCGGGGCGAAAGCCGAUAAACUCAACGAAAGGGAGAAACGCCAACUGGUCAUCGAGGCUUGCAUUACCGCAGACGCACAUGAGUUCAUUCAAGCACUCCCUGAAGGCUACGACACCCAAGUUGGCGAGCAUUCGGAUCUUCUGAGCGGCGGUCAAAAACAGAGGAUUGCGAUCGCCCGGAGCAUCAUUUCUAACCCCAAGAUCCUUUUACUAGACGAAUGCACAAGUGCCUUGGAUCUGGAUUCGGCUCGAAUUGUGCAGAAGGCACUGUUGGGGGCCUCUCAGGGCCGGACAACGUUGAUGAUUGCGCAUAAAUUGUCCACCAUCGAGCACGCGGACAACAUCAUUGUUAUGGAACACGGCCAUGUUACUGAGAAAGGAACUCAUGCCUCUCUUGUGGCUGCUGGGGGCGUCUAUGCGCGUCUUCUCCGUGCAAAAGGCUUAAUCCGGGAAAAGGGCAGGCAAGCGGACAAGGCGACACGGGUGAGCGACAAGCAAGCUUCAGCCCCGAUUCAGAAAUCGAUACCUGCGAAGGGGCCUCAGAAUCAAGCCGAGACUCCAGAGGGAGCUACGAUUCUAGAGUCAAAGUCAGUCACUCGCCGCUUUUCCUUAAUAAGAUGCCUGCUUAUGAUGCUAUCCGACCAAAAGAGCAUCAUACCCGUUUUCGUUGGUGGCUUAAUAGGCAGCCUUGUCGCUGGCGGUCUCAUACCCAUUCAAGCUUUCCUUUUCUCAAGGCUCGUGACAAUCUUCCAAUACCAGGGUUCAAACCUGGUUACCAAGGCCGACUUCUGGGCGCUUAUGUUCUUCCUUCUGGCAUUGGCGUAUCUGGUGGUUUUUGCCGUCACCUGGUUUCUGUUUGCGAUAGCUGGCGCGAGAAGCGCUUUGAAGUGCCGAGCCGAGUACUUAAGAGGGUUGCUCAAUCAAGACAUUACCUUCUUCGAGGAAAAGGGAAAUUCAUCUGGUGGCCUGACUGCCUUGCUAGGUCUUGAUGGCGACGAAAUGGACUUGAUGAUAAGCCUGAACAUAGGCCUUAUUGUCGUUUUCAUUGUCGACUUGAUCGCAAGCAUCAUCCUGGCACUCGCCGUUUACUGGAAACUGGCAUUGGUUGGUGUCUUGUGCUGUGUGCCCUUGCUGCUUCUAGCGGGCUACCUGCGUAUGAGGAUCGACCGGGAGUCAGAGGACCGAGCGUCGAAGUUCUUCAUUGAGAGCGCCCGCUUUAGCUCCGAAGCGGUUGGGGCGAUCCGUACAGUUGCCUCCCUGACGAUGGAAUCAAAGGUCAUCGAAAGGUAUUCGGCUCGAUUGAAGACGGCUGCUGUGAGCUCUUUGAGACGGACUGUCUUGUCCAUGCUCUUUUUCUCUCUCGCAGACUCCAUAGACCUGCUCGCUAUGUCUUUAGUAUUCUGGUAUGGCGGCAGACUUGUCUCGUAUGGCGAUCUGGGUGUUUCGGCAUACUUCUUGGUUUACGGCGCCGUUAUUUUUGGUGGACAAUCGGCCGGGUUCAUCAUAGGAUAUACUGCGAGCAUCACGAAAUCUCAAGCCGCAAUGAACCGUAUCUUUUACAUGCAGCGGAAGAAACCGGCCAUAAACUUGCAUCCAGGUAUUGAUCCACGCAGAUUGCGACCCACAGAAGCUGCCAUUGAAUUCAAAGACGUCAGUUUCCGCUACCCAGCUCGCCCGGACGUGGAAGUUCUACAUAAUCUCAGCUUCAGAAUCCAGCCCGGCGAGAAGGUAUGUAUAACGGGACCUAGCGGAUGUGGCAAAUCUACCAUCGUUGCGUUGCUCGAGCGCUUCUACGACGUCACAGGUGGUGAGAUACUUAUCGAGGGAACCGAUAUUCGGACGCUUGACGUCAACGCUUACCGCUCGACACUCGGUUUCGUGUCGCAAGAGACUACCCUCUACCAGGGCACAUUGCGUCACAAUCUCCUUUUGGGUGUCCAAGAUGAUUCGACCAUAACCGACCAACAACUCGAAGCGGCCUGCCGCACCGCAAACAUCUACGACUUCAUCAUCUCCCUACCGAGUGGCUAUGACACGGAAUGCGGACCACACGGACAGGCCUUUAGCGGCGGCCAGAGGCAACGCAUCGCGAUAGCCCGAGCUCUGCUGCGCGACCCACAGAUCCUGCUCCUGGACGAACCUACGAGUGCCUUGGAUGUGGAAAAUGAAGCAACCAUAAGAGACGCGUUGGACAAGGCUACUGUUGCUUCUGCGGCCGGCAACAAGGAGGAGAAUGGUGAAAGUCCAGGUAAAAGAACUAUGAUCAACAUUUCGCACCGGGUGGAGACGAUUAAGUCGGCCGAGAUGAUCUUCGUGGUGGACAAGGGGACGAUCAUAGAGUCUGGGACCUUUGAAGAGUUGAUGCAGAAAAAAGGAUUUCUCUGGGAGAUGAUGGUGGAGGGGGACUUGACGUGA